AUGAAACGUGCAGGGGACAGAGGUCCAGGACGUGGAGCCCAGCUCUGGCUGGCAGAGGUGGGCCCCCUUUCCCUGGCACGGUGCUGGUGCUGCCCUCAGCCCAGCGAGUACAGGGAGGGACUGGCAGCUCUUCGCUUCCCUGUCUUUCCUCGGGCUUUCCAAGUACUUGGGCGAUGUUUCUUGACGGUGAUGCAGGUCCACUUUCAGUUCCUGUCACAAGCUUUGCAGAAGGUCCAGCCAGUGGCACACUCUUGCUUUGCUGAAGCUGUAGCUCAGGAGAGAAAGAACGUUAGUGGGGCUGGAGCCUCAAAUUCAAGCCCCACAAAUGAGCUAGAAGAUGCAAUAAGAUCAUGGAGAGGAGCAGCAGAGGCCACAUCUCGACUGCGAGAGAGAGGCUGUGAUGGAUGUUUGGCGGGAAUUGAAGUUCAGCAACUUUUCUGCUCACAGAGUGUGGCAAUCCCUGAACAUCAGCUCAAAGAGCUAAACAUGAAAAUUGACAGUGCUUUGCAGGCUUACAAAGUGGCUUUGGAGAGUUUAGGCCAUUGUGAAUAUGCAAUGAAGGCUGGCUUCCACUUGAACCCAAAAGCUAUCGAAGCAAGUCUUCAGGGCUGUUGCAGUGAAGCUGAAGCCCAGCAAACAGGAAGGAGACAGACACCACCUCAGCCAAUUCAGUGUGAACUGCCCACUGUACCUGUUCAGAUAGGAUCACAUUUUCUGAAAGGAAUAUCCUUUAAUGAGUCUGCAGCAGAAAACCUGAAGCUGAAAACGCACACAAUGCUGCAGUUGAUUAAGGAAGCUGGAUGCCAUAACGGACUUACACCACGGGAUGACUCUCCUGUUACUGAAGUACUAAAUCAGGUCUGCCCUUCCACUUGGCGAGGAGCCUGCAAAACUGCUGUACAAUUGUUAUUUGGCCAAGCUGGACUGGUGGUUGUGGACACAGCACAGAUUGAAAAUAAAGAAGCCUAUGCUCCUCAGAUAAGUUUAGAAGGAUCCAGAAUUGUGGUGCAAGUUCCAUCAACUUGGUGUCUGAAAGAAGAUCCAGCAACAAUGUCUUUGCUACAGAGGAGUCUGGAUCCAGAGAAGACUUUGGGGCUGGUAGAUGUGCUCUACACUGCUGUGUUUGACAUACACAGGUGGAAGGAAGGAAGGGAGCAAGCUUUGCCUUGUAUUCAGAUCCAGUUACAGCGUGAAAUCUCAGACUUUGGGAAUCAAGUUGACAUGCCAUCUGGAAAUGGAAACAAAUCUUCAGGUGGUCUACAAAAGACAUUCUCAAAAUUGACUUCCCGGUUUACAAAAAAAACUGCCGGCACCAGUACAAGUAAUACUGGAAGUUACUCAAUCCCCAAUACACCUUCCAAAAAUGUCUUCAUAAGUUCCAACUCUGAGGAGAAAGCUAAAAUGCCCGCUAACAUAGACGCACGGUUACAAAGCAUUUUGAACAUUGGUAAUUUUCCUAGGACCGCAGAUCCACUGCAGUCAACUCAGAGCACAAAUAAUCAGCUUGUGAAUGGGUUUCUAGUUGAAAGACGGGACAACUUCUUCAAACCGGAUGAUGGCAAGGAUGACAAAGGCAUGAAUUUACCAACUGACCAAGAAAUGCAGGAUGUUAUAGAUUUCUUGUCUGGUUUUAACAUGGGCAAAUCCCAGCAGACUUCUCCAAUGGUGAAAAGAAGGAACUCUGUAGCAUCCUCUACAGCAACAGAACAAAAAUCAGGAACGGUGCAACAGCAGCCACAAUCUGUCUCUCACACACCACUGCAUCCUUCUCAGCAAGGCUUGUCACAGCAACAACAGUCACAAAAGCAGCAGCAGCAGCAAAUGCAGUAUUACCAACACUUGCUUCAACCUAUUGGACCACAGCAACGUGUACCUGCCAAGUGGCUCCCUAAUUCUUCACAGCAGCCAGCCCAAGCUGUUGGAGCUGGAUUGUCUCAUAUAAACCAGUGGAACAAUCCUGGUUUUUCAGAUUUCAGCUCUGAUUUGUACAGCUUGGGUCUUGUGAGCAGCUACAUGGACAAUAUGAUGUCAGAGAUGUUAGGACAGAAACCACAAGGACCUAGAAACAACACAUGGCCAAAUCGUGACCAAACUGAUGGAGUGUUUGGGAUGUUGGGAGAAAUCCUCCCUUUUGACCCUGCAGUUGGCUCUGAUCCAGAAUUUGCCCGCUAUGUUGCUGGGGUGAACCAGGCUAUGCAACAAAAAAGGCAAGCACAGCAUGUCCGUCGUCCAAGCAACACCCGUAGCAACUGGCCUCUUCCUGAUGAUCCUCAUAAAACCUGGCCCUUUCCUGAGUAUUUCACAGAAGGUGACGUGACAAAUAGCUGGUCUGGUACUCAAGGAGACUCUGCCAGCUCAAGUGAUGAGACCUCCUCAGCUAAUGGAGACAGCUUGUUCUCCAUGUUCUCAGGGCCAGACCUUGUUGCUGCUGUAAAGCAGAGAAG